UCAUGCUUUUGUUCCUUAGAGGUCAGUGUUCCUGACUUGGUGUCCCGGCCAGCGCCGAGCACGACCCAACCGGGCCCAAUACGCACGACCGACGAUCGGGUAAAUCAAACGCCAUUUGUAUCAAAUCAUGAUCUUCAAGAACAUCAGCCCCAUCAAGUUGGGGAUCCGAUGCGAGAUAUUUUCCAUGACGAAUUCGAGUUUGUAUCGUCUGUUUCGAUAUGCCUCUUUCCCCAAUUGAUCUCCCUUGAUCGAUUUGUCCCUGAGCUUAUUCUGUCCCCGCAAUUUUGCCGCUUCUCUCAAUGACCUCCUGCCAAGGGCAUGUCAUUUCAUAUAUCAGAUUCUUAAUUCUGUUUUUGCAAAUUUUCUGUACAACAAGACGAAGUGUAUACUUUUUGGCUGGCCAAAAUGUCUAGUCCAAUGAGGUUCCGGACUUCCGCUCUUUUUCCUUUCGUCACUUCCAUAAUAGCUUUUGCACUCGUUCUUGUGCUGGUUAUCUCUGGUACGAAUCCAGGUUCAGUUCCAGAUGCCUAUCUCAUCAGUUUCAACACCACAUCUCUGGGCUCAAAUUUGAUAGAACUCAAUCCUAUAGAUCCGGUUGCAUCUGCAACCCCUACUGCAAAUGCUGCAAGAGAUGUUCGUACGAAAUUAUUAAGCAUGAUCGUAAGACGGUCAAUUAUCAAAGACGGACCGGAUUCGAGUUCAAUAAAUACCAACUCUUCUAUCACGGGCUCAACAAACUCCAAUAGUUCAAUCUCGAGUUCAUCAGCCUCAAACUCAUCCCUCUCGGCUGCACCUAGUUUGAACAUUUCUUCGUCGGCAGUAUCAAAUUCCAGCUCCACCUCGUCAGCGGCACCGACCCUCACCAUCCCACAGGCAGCGGUGGUGAACCCCGCCGCCAUUCCUAUAUCUCUAGUUGGCGUAGCUUUUCAGCUCAUCUUGAAUACUCUGGCCAGUGGAAUGGGUCAGACAUUCGAGAGUCUGAUAUCGACGGUGAUCACGACUCAGAAACAAUCAUUCGGCGUCAGUCAGUUCUAUACCAUACAUGUCUCAGGCAUAUGCCAAGGUUCUGUCUUCAACGCAAACGCAACAAACUUAACGACUCCAUUGAAUCUCACACAUUGUAUUAGCUAUGCUGAUGCAGGUUCUUUUGUUUCGAACCUUACCAGCAACGUCUCGGACUCUGCACUUGUUGCAGCCACCAAUGUCACCGUCCCCGCUUUGAGCAAAGUUCCCAGCAUCGGGAAAUCCACAAAAUCUCUCAUUGACCUUGCUUCCGGCAUCGUUCUCUUCGUCUUCAUUGUAGGUCUGAUCGGAAAUGGAUUGUCGAUCCUCCUGUCGGUCGCAGCAUUUGUCCUGCCCAACAAUGGCAAAAUACAUGCUGCCGGCGCGGGAAUCACUACAUUCAGCACACAAUUACUGCAAGCAGCGGCAUUAACAUCAACAACGAUUGCAGUGGGUCUGAGCUCCUCUAUCAACAAUUUCAGUGAUGUGCUCGGGCUGAGUGCCACGGUUGGUGGGAAAUUUCUAGCGCUUAUUUGGUUCGGUUACAUUACGGCCCAAAUGGCAAAUGGAUAUUGGGUCGCUACCUGGUUCGUGAAGUUCAGGACGACAGCUUAUAAGGCGAGGCAGAGAACUCCCCAGCAGAUGCAAGCAGGAUAUAAGGGAAUCAAGAAAGAGGUCUUGAGUGAUUUGAGGUUGGAGAAGGUGGAUUAUGAGGAUACUGAGGUGUUGACCAGCACGAAGGGUCAGAUAGAAAUUCAGCAUUGGCAGGACAAUUAUAGGAUGAUGUAGGUUCUUCAGGCAAGAACCCUUUAUUCCAUUAGAUAGAGUUCAACACUUAUACC